AUGCCUAUCAAGAACUUCGCUAGCCGCCUUGCCGUCUCCCUGGCCGUCUGUGGCACGGCCAUGGGCCAGCAGGUCAACGGAGCUGACUACAACAAGCCCAACGGAGGCCCCCCGGCCAAGUUCUUCCAGGCAUCGAGCUCCAUUCCUGUUGCGGCUAUCCAGGCCGCUGCUGCUAAGGCCAGCAAGGUUCCCUCUCAUGCGACCUACCCCAUCGGCCAGGGCUCUACCAAGUCCACCAUCCACAGUGACUGGGCCAACUUCGCUGAGGCAAGUACCGGUGCUGCCUUCUCCUUCGUGGCUGAUAUGGACGUUGACUGUGAUGGACUUAACCAUGGCUGCAAGGGCAACCCUGACGGUCAGGACGCGACCAACUGGGGCGCGCUGUCCGCAUACGAAGUUCCCUUUAUCGUCAUUCCCCAGGAGUUCUUGGAUGCGAACAAGGCCAAGCUCAAGGGAAAUGCCAUUUCUGCCGUGAUCUGGACCUGUUUCCCCGACGAGGACUUGAACGGCAACAAGGGCCACACCGCUGCCGAUGUCACCUACAUCGUCUUCACCGGCGACAAGGCCGUUCUCCCCAGCAGCGCCCUGAACGAGAACUACAUCACCAACUUCGACACUCUCCGCUCCAUGGGCGACAGCCUCGUCGGCGCCCUGGCCAAGAACCUCAACCUGGGCGGCGGCGGCGGCAACCCCCCAACCACUCUGACGACAACUAGUCUGCCCGAGCCAACUGGCGGCUCCUGCUCGUGGCCAGGCCACUGCGCCGGUGCCAGCUGUUCCAGCAACGACGACUGCUCUGACGAGCUGGCCUGCAAGAACGGCAAGUGUGCGUCGGACGGAGACGCAGAGAGCUGCUCGUGGGAGGGUCACUGCAAGGGUGCUUCUUGCUCAAGCAACGACGAUUGCUCCGAUGAGCUUGCUUGCAUCAGCGGUGUUUGCUCGGUGGAUAACGAUGCGCAAUCCUGCUCCUGGGAGGGCCACUGUGAGGGUGCCUCUUGCUCUAGUCACGAUGAUUGCUCCGACGAACUGGCCUGCCAGAACGGCAAGUGUGCGUUCGUUUAA